CUCAGCUAUUUGUACAUACAGGGGUCUUUUUCCUCACCGGUCUAACAUAUUACGCUAAUAUUACGAGCUUAUUUUACAACUUUUAUUGCAUUUAAUGGACUUUUAUUCGGAAAACACUUAGCCUGUUUCCAUUUAACGUUAAUUCAGCAGGUUUCAUCAGAGGUGAAAAUGUCAUUUCCUCCUCCACUCAAUCCUCCACAACUUGGAAUCCCACCUCCACAGUAUGCGGGAUUUGCCGCUACUGUUCCUCCAGGUACUCCCAUGAUCCCAAUACAUAUGGGUGUAGUGACUUCUGCACCCACAGUUCUCCUCCCAACUCCGGUUGCUGUUGCUCAGAGGCCAAUGACUCCAAAGAAGGACUCAAAUCAAAUCAGAGCCAAGGAUGCAGAUGACGGCAGUGGGCCAACUACCACAGUAUUUGUGGGAAACAUCUCUGAAAAGGCAUCAGACAUGUUGGUCAGACAGCUCCUAGCGAAAUGUGGGAUAGUCCUAAGUUGGAAAAGAGUCCAGGGUGCCUCAGGCAAACUCCAAGCUUUUGGGUUCUGUGAGUACAAGGAGCCAGAGUCUACGUUGCGAGCCCUCAGGCUUCUGCAUGAGUUACUUUUAGGUGAUAAGAAGCUGUUGGUCAAAGUUGAUGCCAAGACCAAGGCUCAGCUGGAUGAGUGGAAAGCAAAGAAGAAGAGUGCCAAUGGGACUGCCAGUGCAGCAAAGAAUGAGAAUGAAGAAGAUGACGAGGUUCUCGAUGAAGAAACCUUGCGUCGGGAUCAGUUAGUGAAGGGGGCAAUUGAUGUCCUCAUGCGAGAGUAUGCAAAUGAGCUGAACGCUUCCUCACAGGACUCUGACAGUCAACCUCGCAAGAAACGCAGGGAGAAGAAAGAGGAGGAUAUUAAUAAUAUGGAGUUGGAGGAUGACAAGAGAGACCUGAUAUCCAGAGAGAUCAGCAAAUUCAGAGACACACACAAGAAACUGGAGGAGGAGAAAGGAAAGAAAGAAAAGGAGCGUUUGGAGCUCGAGAAGGAACGAAGGGAGAGGGACAAAGAGAGAGAGCGCGAGAGGGAGCGCCGCGACCGUGAAAAAGAGAAGGAAAGGGAGAGGGAGAGAGAUAAGGAGCGGGAGAGAGACAGAGACAGAGACCGGGAACGGGAACGUGAGCGGGACAGAGACAGGGAACGGGAGAGGACAAAGGAGAGAGAAAGAGAGAGGGAGAAGGAGAGGAUCAGAGACGUCAGUGUUGAUCGCAGCAGAUCGAGAGAGACAACGAGAGAAGAUAAAACAAAAGAAAAAGAAGGAGAUGAAGAGGAUAUUUACGAACGGAGGAGACUUGAGAGGAGGCUCAGGGACAAGGAGGCAGCGUAUCAAGAACGCUUAAAAAACUGGGAGAUUCGCGAGAGGAAGAAGAGUCGUGACUACUCCAAAGAAAUGGAGCGUGAUGAUGAGAGGCGUCGUGAAAUGAUGAAAGAAGCCAAAAGACUCAAAGAAUUUCUAGAGGAUUACGACGAUGACAGAGACGAUCCUAAAUACUACAGAGGCAGUGCUCUGCAAAAGCGACUACGUGACCGAGAGAAAGAGACGGAGUUGGAUGAGCGAGACAGGAAGAGGGAGAAGGAGGAGCUGGACGAGAUCAGACAGAGGCUUCUUGCAGAGGGUCACCCGGAUCCUGAUGCUGAGCUGAGGAGGAUGGAGGAGGAGGCAGAACGCAGACGCCAGCCCCCUCUUAAACUUGAACCUGAGGAGGAGGUAAAGCAGGAGAAAGCUCGUAGAGAUCGGGAUCGAGACAAGAGAAGGUCGGGGAGGCCGGUGGAGCCGGCGCCCUGUAGUCCUCAGCAGCCUUCAGAUGAUGAGACAGAGAAAGGACUGGAGAAUGACUUUCAGGACAGGGAGGAUUCACCUGAGGUCAAACUUCAAAACAAACCCAUCAUGCGACCCAUCAGCUCUGCUCCUUCAGUUUCCUCUGCCAGUGGGAAUGCCACUCCGAACUCCCCUGACAAUGAAUCUCCCUGUGGCAUCAUCAUUCCUGGUGAGAACACUCCGGAAGUACAACCUCCUGAGGAGCUUCGGCCUAAGAUGAGUCUCAGUCUCAAACUGGGUGCCACCAACAGUCCAAGUCAGCUCAGUGUCGGAAAAAGAAAGAAGCUGGUGACUUCAGAAAGUGUCUUCAACAAGUUUGAUGACGAGGAGACUGACGAGCAGCCUCGCAAAAGGAAACUUGUUCCUCUGGAUUACGGUGAUGACGACAAGAGUCUGGGGCUGGACGGAGCAGAAAUUCCUGUGGCCAAGGGAAGCAUUAACACAGAGGAGAAACGAAAGCACAUAAAAAGUCUAAUUGAGAAAAUUCCAACUGCAAGACCUGAGCUCUUUUCCUACCCUCUGGACUGGGCCAUGGUUGACUCGACUCUAAUGGAUCGUCGCAUUAGACCCUGGAUUAAUAAGAAGAUUAUAGAGUAUAUUGGAGAGGAGGAAGCAACACUUGUGGAUUUUGUCUGUUCAAAGGUGAUGGCACACAGUACUCCUCAGGGUAUUCUUGAUGAUGUUGCUAUGGUUCUUGAUGAAGAAGCAGAAGUAUUCAUAGUAAAAAUGUGGAGACUUUUAAUCUAUGAAACAGAAGCAAAGAAGAUUGGACUGGCAAAAUAAAGAUGGAAUGUAUUUGCAACUGACUUCCUUAGCUCACACUUCUUCCACCUACACUUUUUUUGGUCUAGCAGACUGUAAACAUGUGCCCAGGCACCUCACCAUUCCUUAAGCAAAGAGCUGUGGCCUUGGAUAUUUCUGUUUGUAAAAGAGAACGUGUGACUGUUGUGUUUGGAAGGAGAAAGAUUGUGUUGCAACAAUACAGAAACGCACUGCAUGACAAAAUCCUGAAUGUGUGAUCUUUUCAUCAGCUUUAUUUCUUCCAUCCAUUAAGUGAGUUACAUUUGUUUUCAAUAACAGUCAUCCUGGUGUGGCACUGCUCUGUUGUGUGAACUAAUAAAUAUUCUUUUUUUUUUUAAGAAA